GGUCAGAGUUCAGAGGUCAGGGUCUCGGGCCGGAGGUGCGGGAACGUUCCCAGGGUGGUGCGUGGAGGCGUCGCUGUCGGACGCUGGGACGUGUUUCCUUCGGGGUGACACAAGCUACAGAAUGUCAGUUGCCCGUUCUACUGUCCACGCCAAAUGGAUUGUGGGGAAGGUGGUUGGAACAGCGAUGCAGAGAACUGCCAAAGUGCAAGUAAACAGGCUUGUUCUGGACCCCUACUUACUCAAGUACUUUAAUAAGCGCAAAACAUACUUUGCUCACGAUGCUUCAGAGCAGUGCACAGUCGGAGACAUUGUCCUCCUCAAAGCGUUGCCUGUGCCACGAACCAAGCACGUGAAACACGAAUUGGCAGAGAUCAUCUUCAAAGUUGGCAGAGUCAUCGACCCAAUUACAGGGAAACCCUGUGCAGGAACCACGUACCUGGAAAGCCCGACCAGCUCCGAGACUGCCCCCUAAACCCAAGUCUGAAAGAACUGGAUCUUCGCUCAGCGUGGCUGCACAAAGCUGGCCGAAAGACAACGCCAAACAUUCUGGCUCUUGUCAAUGUUUCAAUUGCAGCCGUCCUACUUCUGUGGACCAAGUAUCCCAAUUGAAGCAAUAAGUAAGGGACUUUUUGAAGAACACAGUUUUUCCACAACAAUAGUGAUUGAAUCACCUUAUUGGAAUGAUAAUUUAAACAUCACUUAGAAUCUCUGAGCUUAUAGCCACCAGCUGCAUUAUUGACUGAACUAAUUGUUUUGGAAAAUAGGAUUGGUGGUCCACAGAAUUUAAAAUAACAGGAACUUGGGGGGCGGAGAAUGUGUUUGUAAAUAAUGAUCCUUUUUUUAAUAGUAAAAUACUGGAAGUACCUUAGCAGAAUUUUAUUUUUA